UAACUAAUGCUUGUGUCACUUCCGUAUUGUAUUUCGCUAAAUUCGAGCGCGGUAUGAUUUCGUUUCAUGUGGAAACGAAAAGUUAACCCGUGUAUAUUUCUUAGAGUUCGGCUGUAUCCAAAACAAUUAUACCUGCUGUUAUUUCAACAUGAGUGACGACCCGGACUCUCCUCCCGAAAGGGAAAUGAAGGAUUUUCAGUUCCGGCAAAUGAAGAAAACCAGAGUAUUUGAUUCACCUGAUGACCUGCCAAAGGAUAGAUCAAGUCUACUUGCCAUCUCAAACAAAUUCGGACUGACAUUUGUCGGACUAGACAAAAAGAUCAAGGUGUACCGCACGCGGGACAUCCUAGCUGCAGACAAAGUUGAUGGGAACUCCAAUGAAAUAAUUGAGGGGAUAGCAGCCUUGGCUGAUGUUGCUGUGGAGUUGCCUGUGCACAACCUGGGCCUCAGCAGUGAUGAGCUCACCCUGUCAGUCAGCGGCAUGUCAGAGGAGUCUGGCCUGUCAUUGGACUUCUACGACGUCCGUACCUUCAUCAACAAGGCCCGACAACAGAAGUUGCCGUUUGUGACUCUGCGACCUGGUGUCGGCCUGGGCAUAAUUGUGCAGGACCUCAAAUGGAACCCGGUGCAGGCGUCCAUGCUGGCCACCUGUCUGUCUGACGGCAGCAUGAUGGUGCUUGAGGUCACAGACAGCGUCACAGUGCAGGCCCAGCUCCCCGCCACCGAAGGAAUCACCUGUGUAUGCUGGAGUCCCAAAGGAAAGCAAGUGGCAGCAGGAAAAAUGAAUGCGACAGUCAGUCAGUACACUCCAGGGCUUCAGGAGAAGAAAGUGAUCCCUUGCCCAAGCUUCUACAGCUCCGACAACCCUGUCAAAGUACUUGAUGUGCAGUGGCUGAGUACGUUUGUGUUUGCCGUGGUGUAUGCAGCAGCCGAUGGCUGUCCAGAAACACCCCCUGAACUGGUGGUGAUCUCCCUCCCUACAAAGACCGAGAAGAGGGAGGAGAGGUACCUGAACUUCAACGACCCCGUCUACGGCACCUGCACAGAGAGACAGCUGCACUACUUCCUCAGCCACAUAGAGGACUGGGAUGUUGUUCUUGCCGCCUCGGCAGCCUCCAUUGAAGUCAGUGUCAUCGCCAAGCAAGAAGAUAAGUCCAACUGGGAGCUGUGGCUGCUGGAGGACGCCAGUAGGGGAGAGCUGCCCGUUUCACAGAAUAAUGACGACACACUGCCUUUGGGCCUGGCCAUCGUCUACACCAGCCAGCAGGAGAUCCACAUCACCGAUGAGAAGACUCUUCCCCCGGUGCCCACUCUGCUGCUUCUGUCUACAGACGGAGUGUUGUGCCCCUUUUCACUGCUCAACCUUAACCCUGGGGCCAAGCAGCUGGUCGCUGCCCCCACCAACCUGGCUCUGGACGGAAGAGACUGCCCCUGCGGGUCUGGAGGAACUUUUUCAUAUUUACAAAUAGUUGUAUUUAUUUUAUGUCUCACUGGAGAUACUUGCUAUACCUAUACUACUAACAUACUGUGGAGUACUUAUAAUAGUGUUGUAAUAUGGCCCACUAAAAGCAGCGCUCUCCUCUGCUUUGCAGGUUCUGCAGCCCCCCCGCCCCCUUACCCAACCCCUCUCGCAUCAACCCUGGGGUCGUUCCCUCCUCUCCGCCCCCCCUCGUCCCCCACGCAGACUCCCCCUGCCUCCCUGUUCACCACCACAGCCCCUGCCCCAGCUCCAGUCUCCUCAUCCGGCUUCUCAUUCUCCAUGCCCCCUUUCUCCUCCACUGCUCCUCCCGCCUUGUCCCUCGGGGGCUGCACGGCCUUCAGCACUGCCCCAGCCUCGGGCACCUCCGCUGGCUUCUCCUUCGCCUCCAAACCUCUGACUGAUACCCCCGCCGCAGCCUCCUCCUUCUCCUUCAGUGCCCCCAAGCUUCCAGUGGUGGAAUUUACUCCAGAACCCUCCCCCACUCCGACGCCCACCUCCCAGAGCCUGGCCACCGCCUCCCCUAUCACGGUUUUCAGAGGUACCCCCGAGCCAGCCACUCCCGCUGUGAAGAUUAACCUCAGUGACAGGUUCCUGGCAGUGGAGACCCCUGCUCCAGCUGCAGUUACAGCCUCCCUACCCUUCUCCUUCACCCCCAAACCUGCAUUCUUUGAGCCCACCAGCCAGCCCGCCCCGCUGCCCAUUGUCACCAGGCCCACAGCCAUGCCAGUUCGCCCAGUCCAAACCAGUACACCCCCCAUGGUUACACAAAAAUCUGCCCCAGCCACCCAGGCAAGUGCACCCACUCCACAGGCAGCACUGAGUGUGAAGGCCCUGGAGAGACAGCUGCAGCAGAGGAAGGACUCGGACCCAGUCAUGGCUGGAAUACUGGAGGAGAUUGGCCAUUUCCAGAAGGAGCUGGCUGACCUGAAGGCGCGCAGCCACAAGGCAGACUUUAGAGUGGGCACCAUAGAGGAGAUGAAGGAGCUGAGGAAAGAGUCUAAAGACCUCCACGUCUUCACCCUGGAGAUAAAAGAAACCACUGAGUCUCUCCAUGGGGACAUCAGCACUCUGAAAACCACCAUGCUGGAGGGCUUUGCCGGUGCAGAGGACGCCAAGGCCAUGAGUGAGCUCAACAGAGACAGAGGCUACCUGCAGCUGCUGUACAAGAAACCACUGGACCCACGCAGUGAAGACCAACUCAAGGAGAUCCGCAGGCUGUACCAGUAUGUGAAGUUUGCUGUGGAGGAUGUGAACGACGUGUUGGACCUGGAGUGGGAGAAACAUCUGGAGAAGAAGAAGAAGAAACAGAAACACAUGAUUGUCCCAGAAAGGGAGGCUCUGUUCACGGCCCUGGCCAACAACCUGGACAUCAUCAACCAGCAGAAGCAGAGACUGGACACACUGGUCAAAGACCUCCAUGCCCUGCGGCUCUACAACAAGACUGCAGCCUGGAGUACUCCUGGCCCCACCCAGCCCGCUGCAGCCACCCCCACAGAACAGGGUUUGGACAACGAGCUGGAGAGUUUGAGAGAUGCACUCCUGAAAGCCAGUCUAGACACCAUUCCUAAGACCUUAAAAUCUUCAGCCAAGAUGUCUCCAGUGAAGCAGUCUCAAUUGCGUAACUUCCUCUCCAAGAGGCAGACACCACCAGUCCGCUCCACCGCUCCAGCCAACCUGUUCCGCUCGGCCUUCCUCUCUCCCAAUUACUACGAGGAUCUGGACGAUGUGAGCUCCACCUCCUCCCUGUCUCAGGCCCUUGACCCAGACUACUCCCACUGUUUUGAGGAGGAACCGGAGCCCGAGCCUGCCCCCCUCCCCGUGCUGCCCACCUCUAUGCCCCGCCACCCCACGGUGGUACGCACCCCUUCCAUAGCCCCAGGGUUUGGUGCCAUCCAGUCCACUCCUUUCAGCAAGGUGCACCAGGGCCUUGGCAUGGGCCUGGGACUCAGCCCCAUCCUAAGCACAGUUCCAACCAAUAAGAUCAACAUGGGAGGUGCGGACAGCACGGCACUAGCCACUAAGACGGUGAAGCACGGAGCCCCUCCCACUGAGAAGGCCACACCCGUCCCCCUCCCUGCCCAACAGGCUGCUGCUAAAGCUGCUUUCCUCAGGCAAAUGGCUAAUCAGAAAACAGUGGUCAGUUCCUCUCUGGCAGAGUCUACCCUGAAGACCGUUCCCCAGGUGGUCAACGUCCAGGAGCUCAAGGAUAAAGGACCGCCACUGCCUGUAUCCACCGUGAUCAACUCGUCAGUCCCAGCCCCGGUUGGUCAGGUUGUUCAGCAGGUUUUGGCGACGGUAGCCAACACCAACCAGGCCAAACGAAAUUCUACUCAAGGCAUACUGAAGGUGUCUGCUGAGAGUAUCCGCUCAGCUUCCCCCCAGGGUUUUGUGUUUGGCGGACCCCCUAAACCUGACGCCCUAGUUUCCCUGGCCUCCUCCAGCUCAGCCCCGUCACUAGGGGAGCAGAGCAGCAAAGCCUUCUCCUCCUUUACCACAGCGUCUGCCGGGGCCUUCAGUUUCUCCUCUGUGUCCCAAGGAGCUCCACCAGUGAAGGACGCCAGUAAAUUCUUCUUUGGCAGCGCUGGCGCCACCGGCAAGAUGAUGUUCAGCUCUUCUGCCGGAGAGGAACCCUUCUCCUUCAUCCCAAAAUCAACUUCCCCCACCCUGGGGAGCACCAACUCCCCUCCUCCCAGCAUGUCAGGGGAGCCUGUGAGGCCCACCCCCACCUUCAGAGUGGAGCCCCAGGCACCCAAGGUGGUAGGAGGAGAGACCCUGGGGAGUUUCUCGGGUCUACGCGUGGGUCAGGGGGAUGAAGAGAAGCCCUCAGCGGCCGCGUUUAGCUUUGGCCAGCCGGACAAUGGAAUGGGGCUAGGUUUAGGUACGGGCACGGCCCAGUUUAGCUUCGGGUCGACCCUCCAGCAAGGAAAGCCAGCUGAGGCUGCAUUUGGUGAGGCGGAUUCUACCGUGACAGACUUAUCCAAGACUGCAUUCAAGCCUCCCGAUCUGGCAGCCCUGUCGAUCACCAAACCUGCGUUCUCCACGUCAACAGCCACAUCCUUCAGCAGCCUCCUAGCUGCACCCCUCUCUUCCCCUUCCCCCACCUUGGAGGAAGAGCCCCCCAAAGCCCCCACCCCCUUAUCAGACCCUACUCCACCCCCAGAGCCUGUUCCAUCACAGCCCAGCCCCUCUGUCAGCCCCCCUGUUGCUGAGCCUGAGGUUACUACCUCCCCAGUGUCCUCAGUCACCCCUACCCCUACCAUCCCUGAAAAGGCCACAACUUCCCCUGCCUCACCCCCCUCCCCAGCUCCCCCCAUUGCCUCCAACACCCCUGUCCCCCCUGCCUCUACCACCCCACCAGCCCAGGCAGCCCCCAGCACUACCCCAGACCCUGCCCCCGAGGCAUCACCACCCACUAUCACCCCUACCCCGGAGGCCCCACCACCAGCCUACCCGGCCCCCAGCUCUGACAAACCUGGCUCCAUCUUCACCCAGCCACCUGCCAUCACCACAGAUAGCACCACUAUAGCUGUCACCAUUCUCACGACGGUCAUAAACACCGCAGCCCCUGCUGCCACCACCACCACCCCUACUGACUCCAACACCGCAGCCCCGGCCACAGGCACAGUUUUCGGACAGCCUGCUCCAGUGACUGCCGGCGGCUUUAGUUCCACUGGCUUUGGUGCUCCACCUGCAGGUGCAGGGGCUGGCUUUGGAAAACCCGUAUUUGGGCAGACAGUUGGUGGGUUCGGCGAACCUGUUCCUAGCGCAGCCGGUGGCUUCGGUUUUGGCCAGUCUGCGUUCGGGGCCAGCCCUGGAUUUGGACAGCCUGCAGCGGCCACCACUGCUGCAGCUGCUAGUACCGCUGCUAGUGGAGGUGGUCUGUUUGGAGCCCCCAGUGCCAGCAAUGCCAGCAGUUUUUCCUUUGGCUCCCCCAGCGCCAGUACGGCCAGCAGUACGGGCACGGGCCUGUUUGGGCAGCCGAGCGCAACCCCGGCCUUCGGGCAGCAGAGUGCUGGGUUUGGACAAGGCUCUAUGUUUGGAAGCAACACAACCACCACAUCUUCUACUGGCUUCAGCUUUGGACAGCCUGCAGCUUUCGGAAACUCCUCCACUACCUCAGUGUUCGGUCAACAGUCCAGUACUGGGAGUGUCUUUGGACAGCAGCAGCCAUCCAGCGGUGGGGGUCUGUUUGGAUCUGGCUCUGCCCCGGCUGCAGCCUCCCAGCAGGCAGGGGGAGGCUUCUUCAGUGGCCUGGGGGGCAAACCCAGUGAGGACGCCGCCAACAAGAACCCUUUCGGCACUGCCGCUGCCACCGGGGGCUUCGGACAGCCCAACCAGACAGGAGGAACUACCCUGUUUGGGAACAGUGGGGCCAAAACCUUUGGCUUUGGCUCCCCAGCGUCAACAUUCGGGGGGGGGGAGCAGACUGCCAGUGGAACCUUCAGCACGGGAGGGGGGAGCGUGGCCGCUCAGGGGUUCGGCUCCUUCUCCACCCCCACCAAACAAACAAGUGGUUUUGGGAGCGCCCCUGUGUUCGGUAGCCCCCCUGCUUUCGGGGGCUCCCCAGCGUUUGGGGGGUCAGCAGCAUUUGGCUCGGCCCCGUCCUUCAGCAGUCCCAUGGGCUCCUCAGCCAACAAGGUGUUUGGAGAGGGCACGGCAGCCGCCAACGUGGGAGGAUUCGGCUUUGCUUCCACUCAACAAAGCACACUGUCAUUUGGUGCUCUGGCCAACCAGAGUGCCCCAUCAUUUGGUAACCUGGCCCAGCAGCAGCAGGGGUCAGGGUUCGGAGCUCCUCAGCCCAGUGGCUUCUCUGGGUUCGGACAGCAGGGAGGAGGAGGCUUUGGGUCUGCUGGCGGUUUUGGAUCGAAUCAAUCAUCUUCUCAAACGUUUGGAGCCGGUCCGGGUUGGAGAAGCUAGUUUUUGUUGUCCCGCCCCCGGGCGAGUGCACCCCUGGUGUGUGUGACCAGCAACACUGCUCUCUGCAAUCAAGCUCUUUGAGUAGACGACACCUAAAGGGAGAAGGGGGAGGAAGGGUGCGCAGGUUGGGGGUGGAAGGAAGGGGGGUUGAGGUGAGACAGUCCAAACUAGUUGUAAAGUAUGUAGACUGAUCACAUAGACCAUCGUAAUAGUCUUACGUCAAGUACAUCAAUGGUGACUACCAUGUGGAAUGUGUAUUUGGAUGAGUGAAUUUACAUUUUGUGUGUGUUUUUCAAAUCAGAACAGUUGGCUGUAACGCUAUAAUAGAUUUGUUCAUCCAUAUGAACUUUGUUUUCCUCUAUAAAAUAAUUCUGCAGUUCUUAAUUGAGCCUCGUUCUCACAUAUUUUGAAUCUGGGAAAGUUUUAAACUUUCAAUUGAAGUUUUAACAUAUCUUAUAUUCCAAGCUUUAGUAGUUCUGAUAAGAAUCAAGUUCUUAAUGUUUCUCAAAACAUGUCUUGUCUCACUAAAUGGAGUAGGAAAUACCAUCCUCCGCAACAAUAAUUCAUAAUUUACUGACUCCAGGCAAGACUUCGGCAGGUCGUUGAUAGAAGUAUCAACUCUUGAUUGCGUACAAUGAACUGCAAAUAUGAGAAAAUAUUUUGCUUUUUAUAAUGCCUACUGUACCCCCAUUCCUAUAAAUAUGUAUAUUUUAUACAUGGAAAAUGGGAAAUAAACUUGGCAAUUCUCGAAUCUGUA